UGGAAGGGGAGACUGCCACGUUGAUGGCGCGCCGCGGCAGCAUCUACGGCAAAGAUGGCGAGGAGGAGAAGCUGCCGACGUACGACGCCGGGGGCGGCAAUCGCCACGCGGCGGCCGAGGAGGUGGACGCACGCGGUGGCCGCGAGCUCAUGGAGCGGGUGUUCAAGGCCGUGGACGACGACGGCGAGAGGUUCCUCCGCCGGCUCAGGGACCGCCUCGAUCGGGUGGGCAUGGAGCUUCCGCAGAUCGAGGUGCGGUAUGAGCACCUCUCCGUGGAGGCGGACGUCCACGUCGGCAAGCGCGCGCUGCCGACGCUCAUCAACGCUGCCAUCAACACACUCGAGGGGCUCAUAAGCAUAUUUGGUUUGUCAAACAAAAGGAGGAUUGAGAUACUCAAAGAUGUCAGUGGCAUUCUCAAGCCAUCAAGGUUGACACUUCUUCUUGGACCCCCGACAUCAGGGAAAAGCACACUUAUGCAAGCACUAACUGGGAAGCCUGAUAAAAAUCUCAAGGUAUCUGGCAAUAUCACAUAUUGUGGUCAUGACUUCUCAGAGUUCUAUCCCGAGAGAACUAGUACAUAUGUCAGCCAGUAUGAUCUACACAAUGGAGAGUUGACAGUUAGAGAGACAUUGGACUUCUCUAGACUAUGUCUAGGCACAGGUGUUAGACAUGAUACACUCUUAGAAUUAGCAAGGAGGGAGAGGAAUGCAGGCAUUAAGCCUGACCCUGAGAUUGAUGCUUUCAUGAAGGCAAUUGCAGAACAAGGAAAGGACACUAAUGUUAUCACGGAUCUUACUCUCAAGGUGCUUGGCCUUGACAUUUGUGCUGAUACUAUUGUUGGAGAUGAGAUGAGAAGAGGAAUUUCUGGCGGACAAAGAAAACGUGUAACAACUGGAGAGAUGCUAAUCGGACCUGCAAGAGCUUUGUUCAUGGAUGAAAUAUCUACAGGGCUUGAUAGUUCUAGCACAUUUCAGAUUGUCAAAUACAUCAGACAGAUGGUCCAUGUGAUGAAUUAUACAGUAAUGAUCUCUCUCCUCCAGCCUCCACCUGAGACAUACAAUCUAUUCGAUGACAUCAUUCUGCUCUCAGAAGGGUACUUAGUUUACAAUGGACCACGAGAGAACAUCCUCGAAUUCUUUGAGAGUGCUGGUUUCCGAUGUCCUGAACGGAAAGGAGUGGCCGACUUCCUUCAAGAGGUGACUUCCAGGAAAGAUCAACAGCAAUACUGGUGCUAUGAUUAUGAGAAUUAUCGUUAUGUCUCUGCCCUGGAGUUCUCUGAGCUUUUCAAGAGUUUCCAUGCUGGAAAGAAGCUCCAGAUAGAGCUUCAAAUUCCUUAUGACAAAUCUAGAAUACAUCCUGCUGCAUUGGCAAUACAGAAGUAUGGAUUAUCUAAUUGGGAGUCCCUGAUGACAGUGUUGUCAAGAGAGUGGUUGUUGAUGAAGCGCAACUCCUUCCUAUACACAUUCAAGUCAUUUCAAUUGCUUGUCCUGGCAAUCGUAACCAUGACUGUGUUUCUCAGAACACAGAUGCCUCACGAGAAUUUUUCAGAUACCGUCAAAUUUAGUGGUGUUUUGACAUCCUCUUUGAUCACCAUCAUGUUCAACGGGUUUUCUGAGGUACAGAUGACAAUUAAAAAACUCCCAGUAUUCUAUAAACAAAGAGACUGCUUGUUCUUUCCAGCAUGGACCUUUGGAGUUGCAAACAUAAUCUUAAAGCUUCCUUUUUCGCUCAUGGAAACAUCAGUUUGGACAAUUGCUACAUAUUAUGUGAUAGGUUACGCACCUGCUCCAGCAAGGUUCUUUAGUGCAUUGCUAGUAUACUUUUGCACGCACCAGAUGGUUGUGGCUCUGUUCCGGCUACUAGGUGCAGUUUUACAAACGAUGGUUGUAGCCAAUACAUUUGGAAUGCUUGUGAUGCUACUGGUUUGCUUGUUCGGAGGAUUUGUCAUCCCCAGGCAUGAUAUCAAACCCUGGUGGAUCUGGGCGUACUGGAUAUCUCCCAUGAUGUAUAGCAACAAUGCUAUAUCAGUCAAUGAAUUCCUUGACAGUAGGUGGGCUAUUCCAAAUGUUGAGAGAAACAUUGGUGCACUGACAGUAGGAAAGGCUUAUCUCAAAUCCAAAGGCUACUUUACGGGUGAAUGGGGGUAUUGGCUUUCCAUUGGAGCUAUGAUAGGAUUUAUGAUUCUCUUUAACAUUCUCUACAUUUGUGCUCUUACAUUUCUGAAAUCCCCUAACAGUUCAAAGGGUGUGGUUUCUGAUGGUGACACUGAAAAUAUGUUGAAAAAAGGAUCAACAAAUCAAAAACAGAUGGACCAGGUUAACUAUGGAAUAGAAGAAGCAACGGACAGAAAAACUGAGACAGGCAUGGUAUUGCCAUUCCAACCUCUUUCACUUUCUUUCAACCACAUGAACUACUAUGUCGACAUGCCCGCUGAAAUGAAGUCACGGGGAUUCAUGGAAAGCCGACUCCAACUACUAUCUGAUAUUUGUGGUGCAUUCAGACCUGGUGUUCUGACUGCCUUAGUUGGGGUUAGUGGAGCUGGAAAGACCACUCUAAUGGAUGUACUGGCAGGUAGAAAGACAAGUGGAACCAUUGAGGGGGAUAUCAGGCUUUCUGGCUACCCUAAAAUACAAGAAACUUUUGCCCGUAUCAGUGGUUAUUGUGAGCAAACUGAUAUCCAUUCACCAAAUGUUACCGUGUAUGAGUCUCUCAUUUAUUCUGCUUGGCUGCGCCUCUCCCCAGAAGUGAAUGAGAAUACCAGAAAGGCAUUUGUGGAGCAAGUGAUGGCUCUUGUUGAGCUUGACGUAAUGCGGGAUGCUAUGGUUGGUCUACAUGGUGUCAGCGGGUUAUCAACUGAACAAAGGAAAAGGCUGACAAUUGCCGUUGAACUUGUUUCAAAUCCUUCAAUUAUCUUCAUGGACGAACCAACAUCUGGCCUGGAUGCUAGAGCUGCAGCUAUUGUUAUGCGCACUGUGCAAAACACAGUUAACACAGGACGAACUGUGGUGUGCACUAUCCAUCAACCCAGUAUUGAUAUCUUCGAGUCUUUUGAUGAGCUUCUAUUGAUGAAGAGGGGAGGACGGGUAACAUAUGCUGGCAAGCUUGGUCGGCAUUCUAACAUACUAGUUAAAUACUUUGAGGCGAUUCCAGGUGUUCCAAAAAUAGAAGAAGGAUACAACCCAGCUACAUGGAUGCUCGAAGUUACCUCUCCUCUAGCCGAGGCCCGCCUGAAUGUAGACUUUGCUGAAAUUUAUGCGAAUUCUGCAUUUUACCGGAACAAUCAAGUCCUUAUAAAGGAGAUGAGCGUUCAACAGCCAGGCAGCCAGGAUAUGUCAUUUCCUAUAAAAUAUUCGCAGAAUUUCCCGAAUCAGUGCAUGGCAAAUGCUUGGAAGCAAUUUAGAUCCUACUGGAAGUUUCCACCCUAUAACGCUAUGCGAUAUCUGAUGACGGUUCUCUAUGCUGUUUUGUUUGGUACAGUCUUUUGGGGCAAGGGAAAGAAUGUAGAGUCCGUGCAGGAUAUUUACAGUCUACUUGGAGCAAUCUAUGCUGCUGUUUUCUUCCUUGGAGCUUCUACUGUGUUCUCAGUUCUGCCAGUUGUGUCUACCGAGAGGACAGUUUUCUACCGUGAAAAGGCAGCAGGGAUGUACUCUCCCCUGUCUUACGCAUUUGCACAGGCACUUGUCGAGUUCGUGUACAGUGCAGCUCAGGGUGUUCUAUAUACCGUUCUCUUCUACGGCAUGGUUGGCUUCGAGUGGAAGGCAGACAAGUUGCUCUACUUCACAUUCUUUCUUGCCGCAUGCUUCGUCUACAUCACAUUGUAUGGCAUGAUGCUUAUUGCAUGCACUCCCUCCUACCUUCUCGCGACCGUUCUUGUUUCGUUCACUAUAAUGCAGUGGAACAUUUUUGCUGGGUUCCUCAUAUCCCGACCGAUGAUACCUGUUUGGUGGAGAUGGUUCUACUGGGCUGACCCGGUUUCCUGGACCAUCUACGGUGUCAUCGCGUCGCAGUUUGGCGAUGACGACCGCAUUUUGACCGCCCCUGGCCAAACUGGUGGCGUGGUGGUGAAGGAUUUCUUGAAUGAUAAGCUGGGCUACAGGCACGACUUCCUUGGGUACGUUGUGCUGGGGCAUUUCGCCUUCAUCCUUCUCUUCUUCUUCCUCUUCGCCUACGGCAUCAAGAAGCUCAACUUCCAGAAACGGUAGGACGGUGACCACAGCCGGUGUGUGAAUCCAAAGUCACCUCUUGUCCCGGCCGCCAUUUUCCUUCUGGUGUGAAGUAAUAAAUGCAGUGUAUACCAUGCUCUGCGCUGCUGCGGAGAUGUACUGAACUCGCUGGGAGCAGCUUGUAGU